AUGUCUCUUAGAAUUCGUUCAGCUAGUGACGUUGCAAGAAAUUUGGAUGAAUCCACUUUUGAUGAAGAAACUCAAGACCUCGAGACUAUGAUCAAUCAAUGUGGCUAUCGUAAUAAGAUGGAUAUCUACAAUCUAAUGAACUACCCAGGUGAAAAUGAAGCAUGUUCGGAGGUUCAAAGUUUAGAAGAUAUUGUGGGUACUAUCAUUGAGAACAAUGCAGAGGAUGACGACGAAGAUGAUACGGUGUCUUUGGAGCCUGUUACACGAAAGGAAACACUUAUGGCGUCGAACACUCUUCACAACUUUAUGAUACAAUACAAAAAUACAACACCUGAGCUAUUGGAUGCAAUAAGAAAAAGGGCCUCUAUAGAGGAUCUGAAAAGAAUGAGAUGA